AGUCCUCUCAUGAAAAAAGUUUUGUGGUGGAUGUACAGACAAAUACGCACAUUCCUUCACUACGCGAUCGCUUCCGCCAGCGGCUUACUGAGGUGCACAGAGCUUACUCUGCAUACAUAACUAGAUACGUCACAGACGGGGACACAUAGUGUGCCCCAACUUGCUAUUUUUUGUUUCUUCCCACCGGUAAUAUUUUCUCUCUCCCUUUUUAGUUCGCCAUCGCGAUGAGGUUGCUGGGUCUCGCUGGGCCUACCGUGGUGGGGGCCUCGGUAGUCUACGCCUACCUGGCCAACCACCCUACCGUCGCCCAGACGGAGAACGGCACCGCCUACGCGUUCCCCCUCUCCACUCUCACCUACUGCGGCCUUCUCUUCUUCGUGUACGUCUCGGGGGGGCUGCCGCGCAACCCCUUCUUCCCCGCCUUCGUUUUCCGCAGCAAUAUCUUCCCUCUCCUGUACAAGCUAUACUGCAGCUACGGCGUCGGCUAUCGCUUUCUAAGUGGCGUCCUGCAUCAGCCCGUCGCCUUCCCCCACUCCGACUACCGCAAUGGCAUUCGCUGCCUCGACGCGGGCAGCCCCCUGCGCCUGAAGGUGCCCCCCGUUGGCGGAAAGAACGCACUCCCGUUUCUGCAGAAGUUUUACGCCCGCGGCGGUGGCGUGGUGGACGCCGCGCUGUGGAGCGGGACGGCGGGGCGUGGCGUCGUGGUCGUGCCGGUACCCAUGUUCUCCGACAACUACGCCUAUUUUAUUAUCUCGAUGCAGACGCAGAAGGUAGCGGUGGUAGACCCCGCAGACCCGGAGAUGGUGCUGCGCUUUCUGCGGUCGCUGCGCGGGCUGCUGCGGGUGCCGCUGCAGCUCACCGACGUCCUCACCACCCACAAGCACUGGGACCACGCCGGCGGCAAUGAGCUGCUCACCCAGUACGCCAAAACGGGGCCGCCGCCACCACCGGCUCCCUCCCGCUCGCGUGCUGCGAGGGCGAAGGCAGCAGCGGCAGCAGCGGAAGCGGAAGCGGCAGGACCGGCACCGAUACCGCCGGAGAUGGAGACGACGCCGCUGCUGGACCCACACCUGCGCAUCAUCGGCUCUGACGUCGACCGCCCGCUCGCCUGCACCGAAUUUGUGAACGAUGCGUCGCCCGUCUUCACGGUGGCCGGCGGCGGCGUGUCGGUGCGUGCGAUGGCUGCCCCGGGCCACACGAGCGGGUCUCUCGUCUUCGUUGUAGGCACCACGGAGGUGGAGGCGGGGGCUGUCAACCCCAGUCCCGCCCGCAUUGCCGUGUUCACAGGGGACAGUCUCUUCAGCGGGGGUUGCGGCGCACCGUUCGAGACGGUCUCUGUCACGCAGAUUAUCAAAGCACGAGAAACGUUUUUAGUGGACAGCCGCAUCCGCACGCAGCCCGCUACGGGGCAGGAGGUCGCCGACGAGGAUGUGUUGCUGUAUGUUGGCCACGAGUACACGGAGCGGCUGCUCGAGGAGGUGGUGAAGCUCAUGACGCGUGCUGUGCAGGGCCGCGGCGCGGCGGCGGACGAGCGAGGAAUACGCUACAUCCAAAUGGCAGCGGAGGCCCUGCGUGGGGUGAAGGUGCUACGCGAGCAAUCGGACGGCCUGAAGGAUGCGUCCCUUAUCGGGCAAGAUGACAGCAAGCAGCGGCCCGCUUUUCGCCUUCCGUCCUGCACCGUCCCGACGUCCCUAGCGAUGGAGAAGACGGUGAACCCGCUGCUGACGGUGGACGCCGCGGAGCUGGCGGAGCUGGCGAGGACGGAGAAGGAGGGUGGUAUGGACGCGAGCGCGGUGGAGCGCACCAUCUACGGCGCCGGUCGUCGCUGUUUGCCGUCUGAAGAGAAAAACUAA